UGCUUUUCUCUGAAUGAGUCAGGAAGCUCCCGGAGCUCCGACAGUUGUAAGGAUCCAGCAGAACAGCCAUCUGCUGCCUCUCCACGCCUCUAAAGGGGUACCCACCGCCUGCCUGCCUCUUUAACGUAGGAGCUGAAGGGAAAGUAAACAUUAGUUAAACGGAACAUGCGGCGUUUGACUAAAAUCCACACGAUUUUCCCUCUUUUCCUUCUUGGGACGGAUUUUCUGUUCGCUAACGCUAACCCCUUCUUUCCACCGGAGCCGUCAGCAGCACGUUAUUGCAGCAGCACGUCUUGCUCGCGUAAGCUGCUGCUUGGCCCUUCCCACGAGACGCAAAGCAGCAGGGGAGCAGCUGUCACCGACAGAGCACGAAGUCACAAGAGUGACUUCGUCAGUAAACACAACAACAAGCAGGAGAAAACUACAACAUGGCUCCAAAAGUGGUACCACCGAAGAAUGUGACUCUUCACUGUCAUAACCUACAGAACCUUCUGGAGUGGGAUUAUGACCAAAUGUUACCCGGACUGAGGUUCAGGGUGGAUAUUAAGUCUGAUUAUGGACUAAAGAGCUGUCCAGGAGUGGUUUGGGUGGACCAACCUCCUCUACAAGCUAACCUCUCGUUCCUGUCAAAUCCAAAUGCUGGAUACGUCCUCACCGUAACAGCUGUGAUUGGUCAAAAUGAGUCCAGUCCUUCCUCAGCCAUUUUCUUCAGCUAUUUCUAUGAAUCCCUGGCAAGUCAAAAAUGUUCUUUGGACCUUCCGCCUGUUUCUGUGAACCUCCUGCCAGAUGAUCAUGUCCAGCUCCGCUUCGAGCAUCCGUGGCUGCUGUACCACGAAAAGCUGUUUAUAUGUGAAUCACAGAAAAAGAAGAAGAAGGAACGCCUCCCUGUUUUCAAGUAUAAAGUGACUGUUGGAAAGAGGGAACAUCACCACACCUUCGAGUGCGAGGACCGUGAGUGUGAGGCGAAGCUGCGAGACGGGUGUGUGCACAGGAGUAACUGCACAGAUGCUGCACAGAAGAAACACUGUUUGCGGAUUAAGGGAGAACUGGAGAAGAUGCAGGUCAAGUCACAGCAGUCCUGCACCCUGCCAACAGCAGAGGGUUCGUCCGCAGGUCUCAACACCGGCAUCACGGUUACCAUUGGGCUGGUCCUGCUGGCAGCCGCUGGCCUCGCCGUCAUCGCCAUCAUGGUUUUCAUUAAAAAGACAAGACCCUCGUCUGAUUUGCCUACAUCUAUUCUGCCCAGCUCACGAAGCAACCAGUCCACCAUGUUGAUGGAUAGUGAGCCAAUGGCUACCGUACAGCCUUCCUCGCCCACGCCUCUGCUCACAAACAUCGACGAGAAUGAUGCUGAAGAAUUCAUCCAUGUUGGAAAUGGAUCUACAGAACAGGAUUUCCGCAUACCCAUAGGGAUAACGCCUAAUGGCCAUGAUGGCAACAUGAACAACAAAAAAUCUGAGUACCUCAUAGGCAGCAAGUUAGAGGAAGGGGAGGGGGAGGAGGAGGAGGAGGAGAACCUCUCCUGUCCCUACGAGAGGCGCCCAGUUCCGGUGGAGCUGGCUCCUGAUGAGCGUACUGAAGGGUAUUGUGGCUGAAGGACAAAAAAAUUCACCCGGUGGUGUUCUGGGUUUUCUGUCUCCCUUUUCCAUGUGCUAGUAGAAGAGGUGAUCCAAUUCAAUUCAAUUCAAUUCAAAGAUACUUUAUUAAUCUCAGAGGGAAAUUAGAGGUUCAGUACACACAAUUCAGAGAUCAGACCUUCAUAGGCAAAGACACAGGAUGAGAAUCCCGUCAGGUUGCAUUCAUAAUGACAACAGACGAAACCUUUCUGAAAAAGUGAGAAAAAAAAAGUAUAGAUCACCUUUAAAGGUCUCGUCCACUAGUUUUUUCAGUAGGUUUGCUGUGGAAUUGGAGUCUUCCUCAUUAAUAUUAAAACCUGAGUAUGUCCUACCUUGUUGUGGAGUUGCUAAUGCUAACGGUUAGCUUCUACUAGUGGAGGCGCACUCUGCUCUCUCCUGGCCACAAAAUCAAUUCAGCCGCCCACAGCCAGGAGCUUUAUUGCUUUUCUGACCCGAUCGAGUUCCCGUCUGUUCUCUCUCAGCGGCUCAUGUAAACGAUAUGGGUAUUUGUUACGUUUAUUAUGCGUGUGCAACUCAGAGCUCAAUUUUGUAUUUCAAAAAGAAAAGUAUUACAUUUUCUGAGUGAAUGAGGCCUUUAAAUGCAAAUGGUGUUUUUUAUGAGUUACAUUUCACAUGUUUUUGCUUUAUUUGAAUCACAGAUUACUGUUUUAUUCAUGAAAUGACUUCUGAGGCCUGAUCUUGUUUAAUCCCCUUAAACAAGAGAGAGAGACGAGAGGUUGCACUGUGCUAUGGUGAAUUUCUAUACUAGAUGAUUGUUUCUGUCAGUUUAAAUAUAGUUGCACUACAACUUAGCCUUGUUCUAGAUUUUUAUUUUAAUCCCAGUGCCUGACAGGUCGGCCAUUUUUAAAAGCAUUACAGGAAAAAGAUGACCUGCAUUUUCACUCCAUAAGGAGGUGUUAGAGAGUCUACAAACACUUUCACAGCUACCAGGACUUCCUCAUUUAUCUCUAUAAUAAUUUACCUGAGAUUUCGUCACACAGUGCCACCUGCUGCUUGUACAUGAGCAUUACACACACAUCAGUUAUGUAGAAAGACAUUAUAUGACCUUGUGAUUAUUUGCACUUUCCCCUCUGUUCUCAGAUGCGUUAAACAUGUUCUUAGUUAAAUAUUUCAGUGAAAUGACUGUUCUACUUUAUUAAAACGCCGCCUCCUGUAGGAGGCGUUUAAGCCAGCAUUUGUAAUUUGUUUGGAUUGUGUUUUUUUUUUUUUUUUUUAUCUUUGGGGUUGAAUGCUGCUUCUUUGUGUGAUUUCUUAAAUCAAUCAUAAAUCUUGUUUGAUUUUUUUUAUCAUGUCAGAUUUUUUAAACUUGCACUAGUACUGAAUGACUUUUUAACCAGACCACAGAUAAAGUUAAUAUUUCUAAAGCAAUAAUGAUUAAAAUGAAUAAAGAAUUAUACAGAGUC